AUGUCCAUUCCUGACUGUGAAGUCCAAUGCUUCUCACACCGUGCCGCAAAUGGCAUCUAUGAUCGCGUCGCCGAUGCGAUGACGAAGCUUGGCAAAGAUGGUUUAGGAGAAGCCGACUUCGGUAUCGAUUGGUGCACGACUGUGCAAGACAACUAUAGCGGAACGAAUUGGUCAUACGUGAAUAUGAAGGAUGGUCGACCGUUUAAGACCAACAUCAUCGGCCAGAUUGCGACCUCCGCAUGCGGCACUAGGCAUUCGGCCAAAGGCAUGCACUUUACCAAAAAGGCACGUACAACUGUUGCCAGUCAACUGACGUCAUCUGACACUUACACAGUCAAAUGGAAGUGGGCACUCUCUAGGCCCACUUUAUGCUCACCCAAUUUAGCGGACAUCUGGGAGAACCAGCUGACGUCUCUCGAAGAUUGGGUAACUGAGGAAAAGAAAAGGGUGGCGAGUGAAUCAAAGAUCAACAGUUGCGCCGUCAAGAGCAACAACAACCUGCAGUAUGCAGACCUCAUCAUCCUCACAUCCCAGCACAUCUAUGAGAAACCAAACGGGAAAAAUAUUCCCACCAGUCAUGACACAGCUCCACAACGAACGAAGCGAAAGGUCACAAACGAGGAAAGCAUGGCAGGACAACAAGCCACGCCGAUGGCGACAACAUCUGUAGUGAACAUGACAGAAAUAGUAGACAUCCCGAUGCCUACCGUGGACGAAGUCUUUCACGGAGCUCUUUAUGAUCCGAGAAUCCUCCCUGACUACCGCGGAUCAUACUUUGAACUACGUCAGAAUAAGCUUAAACAACUAAACAUCUUCGACACCCCAGAUAACAACUGCAAGUUGGUGCCCAUGCACAAGAUGUAUGCGAAGUUAAGACCAGGGACGCUUAUUCUCGCUGUCUGCGAGGCGCACAUAUAUAACAUUGUGCAGAAUGGGCUACCGACGAGCACAUUCCAACUGGCAGUACAAGCAAUCAAGAUCCUUGAUCCAUCUGACGAGCCUGUCGAAGAACGAUUUAUCCUGAUUCUCUCCCCGACUUUGACAGACAUGUCGAAAGACAAUUCGGCCGUCGCAAGCUUCUCUAUGUUCGAUGUCGCUACCAACCCUGUGAAAAAAUCUAAGCAUGCAAAGGGAGGCAAAGGAAAAGAGAAAAUGGACUAA